AUGCUCGGCCUGUGCCUUUACGUCCCCGUGUCCAACUCAGACCAAGUUGAAGUGGAAUAUUUUGAGUCUAAUGUACUGCCGUCGGAGCUGAAGUCUCUCUUUAACAUACUGAGCGUGUUCCUGCCGUCCCAGGAGUUUUCAACCUACCAAAGAUGGCGAAAGAAAACCUUAAAGAGGGAAGAAAAUAACUCUGAUGAACAGCUGGACUUUGAAGAGUUUGUUCAUUAUCUGCAGGACUAUGAGAAAGACCUGACGCUUGUGGUGAAAAGCCUCAACAGGAAGAAUGCAGGCCACGUUGAUCCCAAGGAGUUCAUGCAGUCUCUUCAGAACCUCGGUGUGCAUAUUUCCCCACAGCUUGCGGAGAAAGCCCUUAAAAGCAUGGAUAAGAAUGGAAUGAUAACUAUCAACAGUAAAGACUGGAGCAACUACCCCAUGGUGGAGAAGACUGAGAACGUCCCUGAGAUAAUCCUCUACUGGAAGCACUCCACGAUAUUCGAUGUGGGGGAGAACCUGAUGGUGCCUGAUGAGUUCACCGUAGAGGAGAAGCAGACCGGGAUGUGGUGGAGGCACCUGGUCGCAGGUGGAGGAGCUGGAGCUGUUUCAAGGACCUGCACUGCUCCCCUGGAUCGACUCAAAGUCAUGAUGCAGGUUUAUGGAUCCCGAACCAACAACAUGUGCAUCAUGACUGGGAUGAUGCAGAUGAUCAGAGAGGGCGGUAUGAAGUCGUUGUGGCGAGGAAACGGUGUGAACAUUAUAAAAAUUGCCCCCGAGACCGCCCUCAAGUUCAUGGCGUAUGAGCAGAUAAAAAAAUUUAUCGGCAGUGAAAAGAUGACUCUUGGCAUCGUGGACCGAUUUGUUGCAGGAUCUCUGGCCGGCGUGAUCGCCCAGAGCACAAUCUACCCCAUGGAGGUCUUGAAAACCCGUCUUGCUCUGAGGACGACCGGGCAGUACUCUGGUAUCGCAGACUGUGCCAAACAGAUCUUCAGGAGAGAAGGACUUGGAGCGUUUUACAAAGGCUACAUCCCCAACAUGUUGGGCAUCAUCCCGUACGCAGGCAUCGACCUGGCAGUGUACGAGACGCUUAAGAACAGCUACCUGGAGCAGUACGGCAUCAACAGCGGCGACCCCGGUGUGGUCGUCCUGCUGGGCUGCGGCACCGUGUCCAGCACCUGCGGUCAGCUCGCCAGUUAUCCUCUUGCUCUGGUGCGCACCCGCAUGCAAGCACAAGCUGCGAUGGAGGGCAGCCAGCCGGUGACAAUGUCCGGUCUCCUCAGGCAGAUCUUGCAGACCGAGGGCCCGACGGGGCUUUACAGAGGCCUGGGCCCCAACUUCCUCAAAGUCAUCCCCGCCGUCAGCAUUAGCUACGUGGUGUACGAGCACUUGAAGACACAGCUGGGGGUGAAAUCGCGCUGAAACUGACCCUCAUGUCAAGUCGCUUCUAAGCUUAACAAGUGACCUAAACCCCAUCUCUCCCAGGGCUUAUGCUAGGGAAUCCCAGGGGCCUUUUGGCCCUUCUGGGGGUUCUUGGCGAGAUCUCAUUCUGUGAAUGUCAGCUGACGGUGAAAAAAGACGAAACGACACUAAGUUGGAAAAGUCGAGGUGGAGGAUAUGGACUCGGAGCUCACAUUGUCGGGAUUGUGACUGCUGCUAUUUAUGUUUUGUUUUGUUUUGUUUUGUUUUUUUAAACAAGUUGAAACGAGGACUAUGAGGGAUGUGGGUGGUUUUGUAAAUCUAGGGACCAAAUGUUUUUGCUCCUUCUGCCAUUUUGAGAUUUGGUGCCUGAGCAAACGUCCUGUUUUUUUGUUAGUUUAUUCAUUUUGGUGUCACCUUGCAAGCUUUGUGCGGUCAGGUUAAGAUGCAUUACCAGCUCUCGUGUUACGCAACUACUGAAAAGAAUCUCCCAUUCAGGGUACUUUUUACAUGGCAGAUAUAGAUAAGAUAAGCUUGUUGAAGUAUUAUUAUUUAACAGUUCUGCCUACACAGUAGGAAGAAAUGAUUGUGUUCUUAAAUGAGAGGAUUUUGCACACGUGAGUUUGAUCUCUGCCCCUGUCCCAGAUUAAUGAAUGGCUGGCGGGAUUUCCUGAAUGACAGAAUGUGGAGUAUUUAUUUUCAGCCGUCGUGUAUUUAUUGUUUUAUUGUCUAGUAGAGAGCCGACAAUGCUGCAUGAUUCUUGUCUGAAGAGCCAAAUGCGCAAUUAGAUAACUGUUAAAAUGCAGUGAUUGUUAUCGGGGUGGGAAACUAACAGCCUUAACAUGUGGCGAUGAAACACUAAAUGUAGUUGUCUGGUGAAAGGUUGAAAACGCGGUUGUAUUCUUGAGUCACUGUAUAUGAUGUUUGAGCGACUGUAAAAUAACUUCAAAUUAUGUCCGUUUGUAAAUUGGUUUUUGCCUGUUUUUUAAAGGCAUAAAUGUCUUUAAUGUUCACCUCAGGUUUACGGGCAGAUUAUUGUUUAAAUUACAGAAAAACACACAAAGCAGUUUUUUGUUUUGUUUGUACAACAUUUAUACUCAGAAAAACAAACAAAGGGCUUUGAAAAAGAUAAGAGGAAUAAUGCACUUUAAUCAAUGCUCGAUGGGCCUCCCAAUGAAUGUCCUAUCAAUCCAGGUAUCAAGAUUGAAUUAUUUUGUAAAGAAUGAAUUGUAGUCUGUUUUUUUUAAUGGACCAUUUUGAUGCAAAUAAAUGCAAAUUCUUAUAAUACGGA